AUGAACGCCAUCUACAAGAAUGCGACCCGAGUCCUUGUGUAUCUUGGAAAGGACCGCGAUGCGGAAGCAGAAGACGCCUUUCAGCUAAUCCGCAACCUUCAUCAGACGUUCCAGAAUGGCGAAAGUUACGAGAGGUUUCGUCUCAUGAAUACAGAACACCUUCGAGAUCAACCUGAAGCGCAAUGGGCUCCACUGAAGCACCUCAUUGCACUGCCUUGGUUCACCAGAAUCUGGAUUAUCCAGGAAAUUGGGACCCAGGCACCCGCGACAUUGUACUGGGGCGACUCAGAGUGCGAUUGGGACCUCAUCUGGAACGUCGCACGACACCUUUCCGAUUUCCACCAUAUGCGCAAGCACUUUGGCCUGCGGACGACCGACAUCGAAUAUCUUUACAAGCGCUUCGUCGAGCCUGAUAAGGCAGGCCGCCAUGCAAACCGCUUCAGCCUCAUGUAUGAGCUUCACAGAGCGGCCCAUUGCACGUUUACUGAUCCUCGCGAUCGGGGUUUUGCUUUUCUCGGCCACUAUGCCGUGCGCGAGGGGAAUCCCCAGCUUGCGGCCAUCCAGGCGGACUACACCAAGUCCGUCGAGGAGGUAUACUGCGACAUCGCGGAACGAGCUUUGAUUGGGGAUCCUGGCAAAUCCCUCAUUACGCUUGCCGUGAUCCAGCAUCCAUGGUUGCCAUCAAAAAUGUCAGACGGACCACACGCGCGACACUCGGCCGACGCCAUGCUUUUGCCUUCGUGGGUGCCAGACUGGCGGGAGCACGAGUCUCACCUUCUGUCCGAACCGACCAACCCCAUCCAGCAGAAAGAGUUCCAUUUCGACAGAUCCCGCCGUAUCCUGGCGAUUGAGUCGUUGUGGCGCCAAAUCUGCGGAAAGAAGGGCUUUGAUCUCAAAGACCGCUAUCUUGAUGACCCAGAAAGUGACCAUGCUGUCUUUGCCUACACGCAGACCCUGAGCAGUGGGGGUAUUCCAACGGCCUAUUGGGACGCGCGGCACUACCAUGAGAUUGAACGCGAAGAGUGGUUUGCCCAGGCCGCAGCUUAUCUGACAGCAGCAUUGGCAGAUACUGAUCUGGUCUCUGCAGGACUUAGGGACAAGGCUGUCGGUGGUGAUCUUUACAAAUGGACUCGUGCUGCGAACGGCUCGGCCAGCAAUCGGUCUUUCGGCCGGACCGCCCACGGUCGGUACGUGCUCGGGCCCAAGGUGAUGGAAAAGGGCGAUAUAGUGUGCGUCCUGUUUGGCGGAAAAAUGCCAUUUGUGCUGCGACCGUGGCAUGACGGCAAGGGUCAGGCGAUUGAGCUGCUUGAGCGAGGAGAGGUCGUCGAGGAGACGUUCCACAUCCGUUGA